AUGGUUUCAACUCCGUCAGCUUAUUUUGCACGUUGUACAAUUGAAAAAACUGCUUCGGAACUUGGAACUAACAUAGAAACUGGACUUUCUACACAAGAAGCCAAUAGCAAGAGGAAAGGAAGUGGUUAUAAUGAAUUUGAGAUCGAAGAUGGAGAAAAUCCCCUGAUAAAAUUCAUUAAACAAUUUAUCGAAAAUCCUCUCAUUCUUUUGUUGCUUUGUUCUGCCGUAAUUUCUUUGAUAUUGGGGAAUCCUAAAGAUGCAUUUUCCGUCUUCUUGGCGGUUUUAAUUGUCACCACAGUCGGGUUCGUGCAAGAGUAUCGAUCCGAAAAAUCACUAGAAGCAUUAAAUAAAUUAGUUCCACAUUAUUGUCAUCUAAUACGUGAUGGUCAUUUAAUAGAAGCUUCAGCCACUGAAUUAGUACCAGGUGAUCUAGUUAAAUUUCGUAUUGGAGAUAGAAUUCCUGCCGAUGCAGUAAAUUUGGAGAUAGAUGAAUCUAAUUUGACAGGUGAACCAAAACCUCGAAGCAAGAAUACAGAGGUGAUUUUAGAUAAUAAUAAUACAUAUCAAGAGAUAACAAUUCAAGAUAGAAAGAAUAUUUCAUUCAUGGGAACCUUGGUAAAAAAUGGUUUUGGGUCAGGUAUUGUGGUUGGAACUGGUAAAAAUACAGAAUAUGGGGUGGUAUUUUCGUUAGUUAAAGAGGCUGAAACACCAAAGACUCCCUUUCAAAUUAGUAUGAAUGAUUUGGGAAAAAAGUUAUCGUAUUUAUCAGGAGCCAUUAUUGCCAUCAUUGUUUUAAUAGGAAUUAUUCAAGGACGAAAUUUAUUAGAAAUGUUAACUAUUGGAGUCAGUUUAGCAGUGGCUGCUAUUCCUGAAGGUCUUCCGAUUGUUGUGGUCGUUACUUUAGGUUUGGGAGUUUUAAGGAUGGCAAAAAAAAAUGUUAUUAUAAAAAAAUUAAAUUCAGUAGAAACUUUGGGUUCUGUGAACGUUAUUUGUGCAGAUAAAACUGGAGGAUUAUGUAAUGAUGCUAUAAUUGAUGAAAAUGGAAAAAAAUUUGGGCAAGCAACGGAUGUUGCGUUACUCGACAAAUAUGAAAGGAUUUCAGAAAUUCCUUUUAAUUCUGAUCAAAAAUGGAUGUCAGUAGUUUGUAAACGAAUAAGCGAAAAGAACGAACCAGAAACAAUAUUUUUCAAGGGUUCACUAGAAGCUGUAUUGGGGAGAUGUACUUCAUAUUAUGUUUCAGAUUCUCAUAAACCUCCACUGGAUACAUCAGCAAAAGAAUCGGUAAUUCGAAAUGUCACUGCAAUGUCUUCUCUUGGACUUCGUUGUCUUGGUAUGGCAUAUGGUACAGAUCUCACAAAGCUUACGUUUGUAGGAUGUGUUGCCAUGUAUGAUCCACCGAGAAAAGGAGUUGAACAAACAAUAAAAAAAUUAAUUGGUGGUGGUGUCAAAGUAGUAAUGAUAACUGGUGAUUCUGAGCAAACUGCACUUUCUAUUUCACGAAAGUUAGGCAUUCCCGUAAAUCCAUCAUCACGUUCAAGUUGUUUAACAGGGAGUGAUAUUGAAUCUAUGACAACUUCACAAUUAAAAGCAAUAAUUAGUUCUGUAUCAGUAUUUGCUAGAACUGCUCCAAAACAUAAAAUGGCCAUUGUUCAGGCUUUUCAGGAGAAUGGUUCUAUUGUUGCAAUGUCAGGAGAUGGAGCAGAUAUUGGUAUUUCUAUGGGUAAAAGCGGUACAGAUGUAUCAAGAGAAGCUGCUGAUAUAAUAUUGGUUAAUGAUGAUUUUAAUGCUAUAUUAGAUGCUGUAAAAGAAGCUGCCCUGACAUUAAUUACAAUGUCAACAAUAGCUGGUUUACCAAAUCCUUUAAAUGCUAUGCAGAUUUUAUGGAUUAAUAUAUUAAUGGAUGGACCACCAGCUCAAUCAUUGGGUGUUGAACCCGUAGAUGAAAGUGUAAUGCGACAACCACCCAGAAAGAAAAAUUCACCAAUACUUACGCCAGCUUUAAUAAUGCGUGUACUUACCUGCGCAUCGAUAAUUGUGGCAGGAACAUUAUUUACAUAUAUUACUGAAAUGAGCGAUGGUGUAGUAACAGCACGGGACACAACAAUGAAAAAAUCCAUAUUUGAAUUAGGAAUAUUUUCAAAUUCAAUGUUUAAUUUGGCGGUUUCAUUUUCUUUAAUUGGACAAUUAUUUGUAAUAUAUGUGCCAUUCUUUCAAUCAAUAUUUCAAACUGAAUCAUUGAAAUUUACGGAUAUUGUGGGUCUUUUACUUUUAACUUCAACAGUAUUUUGGAUUGAUGAAUUUCGUAAACAUUAUCAUAAUCAAAAACAAGAUGAUGAAUCUGAAAUAAUUAAUAUUAUGAUGGAAGAAGUAUAA